CCCCAACAACAACAACAACAAAUUUGAGAGUGGCCCUAUAAACCCCAACAACAACAACAAGAACAUGAAAUUAACCUUAAGGAAGCUGCACGUCGUCUAGAGAAAAGGAAGCAGAAGGGGGAAAAGAAAAUAGUUACUCUAUCAAGUGUUACCCUGGCGACGUCAGCACUGUGGUGUUAAAGUCCAGUUUUACUCGAGCUUAAUACAAAACUUGGGGUCAAGGACUCCUGGGGUUUGCUGCCCUGCAGUGAUUUUAGACACUCUGGACAUCUCUUAUUUUUUUCCAGGUAUCAGAAUGGAAGUGGUGAAAGUAUCAGAGUCUCAGUUAAGUGAACAAAAUGAAAAGACAAAUCCAGUUGUUGGUGCCUACGAUGAUGUUAGUGGUGCUUUAUCUCAACUGGCUAUUGGAUCAUGUGACUCCAAGAGGCACAACUAUAUUUCUUGGGAAGAAUACUUUAUGGCAGUAGCAUUUUUAACUGCCAUGCGAAGCAAGGAUCCAUGCUCACAAGUUGGAGCAUGUAUAGUUAACACAGACAAGAAAAUAGUUGGUAUUGGAUAUAAUGGAAUGCCGAGGGGCUGCAGUGAUGAUGUGUUGCCUUGGAGUAAAGAAUCACAAGACCCUCUUCUUACAAAAUAUAUGUAUGUUUGUCAUGCAGAGAUGAAUGCCAUCAUGAAUAAGAAUAGUUCUGAUUUGUCUGGCUGUACCAUCUAUGUUGCUUUGUUUCCUUGCAAUGAAUGUGCUAAGCUAAUAAUCCAGGCACGAAUUAGAGAAGUUAUUUUUUUCUCUGAUAAACAUGUUAAAAAGCCAGACACCAUUGCAAGCAAGCGCAUGUUGAACAUGGCAGGAAUAGUAUACAGGCAGUAUAUACCAGCUAGAAAGAAAAUAAAUUUGGAUUUCACAAGAAGUUGCAAUUUAGAACAGCUGGAGAGUGUUGAGGAUACAUCUUGCAGUGAUAAUGACAAAAGCAAUAAUAGAACAUGUUACUCACCGGUUGUUUCCAGAGACAUCAACACUAAAAGAGAAGAUUACCUAGCCUGGGGAGAAUAUUUCAUGGCCAUGGCAGCUUUGUCUGCUCUCCGAAGUAAAGACCCUAUUACCCAGGUCGGAGCAUGCAUCGUCAACAGUGAAAACAAAAUUGUUGGUAUUGGUUAUAAUGGUAUGCCUUGGGGUUGCAAUGAUGAUCAGUUACCUUGGAGUAAAACCAGCUCGGAUAAACUUGAAGCAAAGUACAUGUAUGUUUGCCAUGCAGAAGUAAAUGCCAUCAUGAACAAAAACUGUGUCGAUGUUGCUGGCUGUACAAUCUAUGUUGCACUUUUUCCUUGCAAUGAAUGUGCUAAGGUUAUUAUUCAAGCUGGAAUCAAGAAAGUAAUAUAUCUCUCAGAUAAAUUUAAAGAAGAUCCUUCAACAGUUGCUUCAAAGAGAAUGCUAGAUUUAGCAGGGAUCCUAUAUUGUGAGUACAACUUGCCGUGCAGAAGAGUCAUCAUAGACUUUGAUGCCAUUGACUGGAACAGCGUGUAAUGGCUGCCCCUAACUUUAUAAAAGAUCAAGAAAUGACAAUUUGGGCAUAUGCUUCAUGAAUGUUGAUACACUGAAUAUGAAUAUUUACAUUUAGUAUGAUUUUGAAUACAUAUAUGCAGUAUUUACAUUAUAUAUACAGGUAUAUACAGGCUGCCCAUCACUAAUCUGGCAUCAUCAGGCCCUGUAGGGUGCCAGCUUAGUGAUUUUGCUGGAUUACAGAGUAGUUAGGUUAGAAUACACAACCCUAUGGUGAUAUUUCACCCACUUUAUGUCCUAUUUUUGGCCCAUUCCAUUGUUCCAGUCUACCAAACUCAUGGCUAUUUCACUAGUAUUCCUUCGAUUCUGUCGAUUGAGUACACGAAACCACCUAUUUACCUAUUUCAACUACCUAAUAAAGUGGUCAGAAAUUGGUAACUUGGCCAAUUUCACACAAGUUGCAAGAGAUGCCAAUUUCAAAAUAGGGUCCAGAAUAAACAAUGCAGACAUUCCUGGCACUAAAAUAACAUUUUCCCUGUUCAUUAGUCAUAUCUCCAGGCCCCUCUUAUAUUACACUUGCUUUCCAUUUUGAAUUUUUAUUCACACAAAAAUAGAAGAUUUGCUGUUAUGCAGACUGCUGCAGUAUUGUAAUAAUUGUAUAAAUAAUUUCAACCCAUUUGUGACCACAUAUUAGACCGGCCAGUUGGACGUGCAUUGGACGUUGACAUCAUUUGUUUACUCUUGAACAUUGGCAAAAAUUAAACAUUUCUGCUACUUUGAGCUCAGCUUCAAGAUACUUUCCACUGUGAAACCAAUCAAAAACAUAUAAAUUUCUGUAAUAUAUCGUUCAUUCUACUAAAUGAAACCAAAAAAUGAGAAUACAACCAUAAAAAAUAUAUAUGAAAAUACACCGCAGUCACUGUUUUACACCAAUAACAUGGUUGCAGUUUUUUCUCAUUAUGCACUGUGUGCUGCAGGAUUUUUUUAUUUAUAGUGCACACUUACCACACAGACCUAUUCUCUCAUAUGUGGACCCAAAUUUACCAGCCACAGCUUAUGUGAGUGAGCUGAGCUCAUGGCAACUGACAGUGGCUUCAAAGCCAACUUAUCUUUUAUGGACAAUGCAUGAUGUAUGUGCUUUACAUAACAAGAAGCAUUUCUUUUAUUUGUUGGAACCAUGGCUAAGGCUAAAAGUGAGCAGGUUAUAAAAAUGCAGUAAAUGGAGAAAAAGAAAUUGGAAUGACUUAUGCAGCAGGUAGCGCCACCAAACAGUAGCAGCAGGUUGGUGUGGCGACCUCGGAAAUUUGAAAUAAUGCUAGCUGAAAUUAGUGCCAGAUUACUGAUGAAACCAGAUUACUGAUUGCUGGAUUAGUGAUGGCUGACUUGUAUAUACUGAAUAUUAGCAUUGAAUGUUUAUAUUGAAUAGUUACAUCAGACACGUUGAAUACUAAUGUUGAAUGUUUACAUUGAAUAUACAAUACAUUAAAUACUAACAUUGUUUACAAUAAAUGUACAAUAUACAGUGGUACCUUGACUUACGAGUGCCCCAACUUAUGAGUUUUCCGAGCUACGAGCCAUUGCUCAAUCGAGUUUUUGCUUUGAGUUGCGAGCCAAAAUCUGAGUUAUGAGCAAUCUUCAGAAACACUGCCACUAGUUGGCAAUGUAUCUGAAGUCCAAUCCAACUCUGUACCCAGAGGAAUGUCAGGUACUUCCUCCCAUCCCACAUGCUCUUCCAAGACAUAAAUGAAAGGAUAAUACUCCCACACUACUCUCAGAUUGUAGCAAGGCACCUCGUCCCUUGUUUGGUUCUCGUACAAAUCCGGGGAAGAAGUAACCUCCAUUUCAACACUCAUAGUUUUUCCAGAAACAUUAAGGUGGGUGGAGCAGUGAUGGUGGUGGGUGGAGUAGUGAUGGUGGUGGGUGGAGUAGUGAUAGUGGUAGGUGUAGUAGUGAGGGUGGUGGGUGGAGUAGUGAGGGUGGUGUAUGUAGUGAUGGUGGUGGGUGUAGUUGAGAUGGUGAUGGGUGGAGUAGUGAAGGUGGUGGUUGGAGUAGUGAAGGUGGUGGUUGGAGUAGAGAUGGUGGUGGGUGGAGUAGUGUGGGUUGUGGAUAUAGUAGAGAUGGUUGUGGGUGGGUAGUGAGGGAGGUGGGUGGAGUAGAGAUGGCGGAGGGUGGAGUAGUGAAGGUGGUGGGUGGAGUAUACAAUACGUAUUUCUUAUUUAUAAAUACAGUACAUACAUUUUUAUUAUUUAAAAACCCGUAACCAAAAAAUUGGGGUGGUUUUUUAGUGGCUGGAAUGGAUUAAUGGCAUUUCACUUAAUUUCUAUGAGGAAAAGUGAUUUGAUAUGCGAGCAAAUUAAGUUACGAGCUCGGCCACGGAACGAAUUAAACUCGUAAGUCAAGGUACCACUGUAUAUUGAAUCAUCUUCUUUCAACAAACUGGCCGUAUCCCACUAAAGAUAAAAUGAAUAUUAACAUUAAAUACUGACAGUGCAUAUUCGGUAUUAACAUUGAAUACAGUGGAACCUCAAAUUUCGAAUGUAUCGCUUAUCGAACUUUUCGAAAAUCGACUGCUUUUUUCAAACCAACUUUGUCCCUAUUAUUGAACUCGCCCCUUCUUUUGAACCACUGGGUACCAGACCUGUCCACCAGCUCGCUCUGUCCACGUCCCCGCGCAGGCGCCGUGAGCUAGUCUGGCUUUGUUGAUGCUUGAGUGAACACUAACCUGAAGUCUCAUUCAAACAUUUUACGAUUAAUUCAUUGUGUUUAGUGCUUGUGGGACUGUGAAAUAAGCUACCAUGGUCCUAAAGAAACUUGCUAGUGGUACCCCUGUGGUAAAGAAAGUGAGAAACACCACAGAUGUGAAAAAGGAAAUAAUACAGAAGUAUGAGAGUGGUGUGCGACUUGUUGAGCUUGCCAGGAUGUACAGGAAAAACAAGUCUACCAUUGCUUCUGUCCUGGCAAAGGAAGAACAAAUCAAGGAAGCUGAUGUUGCGAAAGGUGUUGAUAUGCUAACCAAAAAAAGACCACAGAGAAUUGAUCAGGUUGAGAAGUUGUUUCUGGUGUGGAUCAAGGAUAAAGAGAUGGCAGGUGAUAGUGUUUCAGAGACAAUUAUUUGUGAAAAGGCAACGAAGUUGCAUGCCAAUUCAAAGACUAAGGAGAUUUGUGCCAAGUGGAAUGAUGUCCAAAUGUUUGUGGAGAAGUACCACCCUGAGCAAGCGGAAACAAGCCAUCUUUGCAACAAGUUCAGUGAGAGAACCAUGUCCCAUUUUAGGGAAAUCUUAAAAAGGCUGCAGAAACAGAGGACUGUGGACAGUUAUUUUGUGAGACAGGGGUCCAGUGACUCUCAAGCUGGUCCUAGUGGCAUUAAAAGACAGAGAAGGGUAGUAACCCCAGAGAGAGCUUUGAUACCUAAAGUCCUUAUAGAGGGGAUUCCCUUUCCAAACACUAACCCCAACUCCCUCUCUCCUCCUCCCUAUCUUCCAGAUGCCAUCACCAGUCUUCAAUAAAGGUAAGUAAAAAUGUUAUUUUAUAUGUUUAUUUAAAUUUAUUAAUAAUUGUACACUAUAUUUGUUGUAUUUUUUUUUUUAACACACUGGCUAAUUCCCACCAAGGCAGGGUGGCCCAAAAAAGAAAAACUUUCACCAUCAUUCACUCCAUCACUGUCUUACCAGAAGGCUGCUUUACACUACAGUUUUUAAACUGCAACAUUAACACCCCUCCUUCAGAGUGCAGGCACUGUACUUCCCAUCUCCAGGACUCAAGUCCAGCCUGCCGAUUUCCCUGAAUCCCUUUAUAAAUGUUACUUUGCUCACACUCCAACAGCACAUCAAGUAUUAUAAACCAUUUGUCUCCAUUCACUCCUAUCAAACACUCUCACGCAUGCCCGCUGGAAGUCCAAGCCCCUCGCACACAAAACCUCUUUUUCCCCCUCCCUCCAACCUUUCCCAGGCUAACCCCUACCCCGCCUUCCUUCCACUACAGACUGAUACACUCUUGAAGUCAUUCUGUUUCGCUCCAUUCUGUCUACAUGUCCGAACCACCUCAACAACCCUUCCUCAGCCCUCUGGACAACAGUUUUAGAAAUCUCGCACCUCCUCCUAACUUCCAAACUACGAAUUCUCUGCAUUAUAUUCACACCACACAUUGCCCUCAGACAUGACAUCUCCACUGCCUCCAGCCUUCUCCUUGCUGCAACAUUCAUCACCCAUGCUUCACACCCAUAAAAGAGCAUUGGUAAAACUAUACUCUCAUACAUUCCCCUCUUUGCCUCCAAGGACAAAGUUCUUUGUCUCCACAGACUCCUAAGUGCACCGCUCACCCUUUUCCCCUCAUCAGUUCUAUGUUUCACCUCAUCUUUCAUAGACCCAUCCGCUGACACGUCCACUCCCAAAUAUCUGAAUACAUUCACCUCCUCCAUACUCUUUCCCUCCAAUCUGAUAUCCAAUCUUUCAUCACCUAAUCUUUUUGUUAUCCUCAUAACCUUACUCUUUCCUGUAUUCACUUUUAAUUUUCUUCUUUUACAUACCCUACCAAAUUCAUCCACCAACCUCUGCAACUUCUCUUCAGAAUCUCCCAAGAGCACAGUGUCAUCAGCAAAGAGCAACUGUGAUAACUCCCACUUUAUCUGUGAUUCUUUAUCUUUUAACUCCACGCCUCUUGCCAAGACACUCGCAUUUACUUUUCUUACAACCCCAUCUAUAAAUAUAUUAAACAACCACGGUGACAUCACACAUCCUUGUCUAAGGCCUACUUUUACUGGGAAAUAAUCUCCCUCUUUCCUACAUACUCUAACUUGAGCCUCACUAUCCUCGUAAAAACUCUUCACUGCUUUCAGUAACCUGCCUCCUAUACCAUACACCUGCAACAUCUGCCACAUUGGCUCCCUAUCCACCCUGUCAUACGCCUUUUUCAAAUCCAUAAAUGCCACAAAAACCUCUUUAGCCUUAUCUAAAUACUGUUCACUUAUAUGGUUCACUGUAAACACCUGGUCCACACACCCCCUACCUUUCCUAAAGCCUCCUUGUUCAUCUGCUAUCCUAUUCUCCGUUUUACUCUUAAUUCUUUCAAUAAUAACUCUACCAUACACUUUACCAGGUAUACUCAACAGACUUAUCCCCCUAUAAUUUUUGCACUCUCUUUUGUCCCCUUUGCCUUUAAUCAAAGGAACUAUGCAUGCUCUCUGCCAAUCCCUAGGUACCUUACCCUCUUCCAUACAUUUAUUAAAUAAUAGCACCAACCACUCCAAAACUAUAUCCCCACCUGCUUUUAACAUGUCUAUCUUUAUCCCAUCAAUCCCAGCUGCCUUACCACCUUUCAUUUUACCUACUGCCUCAUGAACUUUCCCCACACUCACAACUGGCUCUUCCUCACUCCUACAAGAUGUUAUUCCUCCUUGCCCUAUGCAUGAAAUCACAGCUUCCCUAUCUUCAUCAACAUUUAACAAUUCUUCAAAAUAUUCCCUCCAUCUUCCCAAUACCUCUAACUCUCCAUUUAAUAACUCUCCUCUCCUAUUUUUAGCUGACAAAUCCAUUUGUUCUCUAGGCUUCCUUAACUUGUUAAUCUCACUCCAAAACUUUUUCUUAUUUUCAACAAAAUUUGUUGAUAACAUCUCACCCACUCUCUCAUUUGCUCUCUUUUUACAUUGCUUCACUACUAUCUAUAAAAUGUAUUUUUUUUUUAAUAUUUUUGGGUUUCUGGAACGGAUUAAUUGUAUUUCCAUUAUUUCUUAUGGGAAAUAUUGCUUUGUCUUUCAAACUUUUCGACUUCAGAACUUGCUCCUGGAAAGGAUUAAGUUUGAAAUUUGAGGUUCCACUGUAUAUUUAUUUUUUGAUAUUUAUCAUUGAAUGUAGAGGGAGACAUCCGUGAUAUACGUAUUCAUUAUCUUUUGAUUAUUUUUUGUAUUCUUCAGUUUUAAGUAAUUAAGUUUUAGUAUUUAUUGUGUAGACUGCUGAAUAUUGAAGACAGAGUAAAACAACUGAACUUAAAUCAAGUUUAUAAAAUUACUCACAAACAGUGUCCAGAAUAUCUUGCUGCUAAUUUUGUCAAGGCUAGGAACUGAAGCAGUUAUAGUACUAAGGGGAGAGAGCACCAGUUUAACCCUUUCAGGGUCGACAGGCCCUCUCAGAAACUUGUUCUCAGGGUCGGCCAAAUUUCAAAAAAAAAAAAAAAUUUUUUUCGUAUGAAAAGAUAAAGAAUAUUUUCCCGAUCAUAAUGACACCAAAAGUAUGAAAUUUGAUGGAAAACUUACGGAAUUAUGCUCUACCGAAGUUAGCAGUCUUGACUAUGUUUACGCAUCGGCGAUUUUACCCACUUUGAGCCCUAUUUUUGGCUAAUUCCAGUGUACUUGUCGACAAAAAUCAUAACCAUUUCUCUAGAACUCCAUUUUUUCUAUCGAAUGAGUACAAGAAACCACCCAUUUACUGAUUUCAACUAUCCAGUACAGUGGUCAGAAUUUAGCAAUUUUGCCAAUUUCACACAAAUUUCAAAAGAUGCCAAUUUCCGAAUAGGGUUCAGAAUAAACAAGAAAGACAUUCCUGGCACUAAAAUAACAUUUCCUCUGUUCAUUAGUCACGUCCCUAUGCCCCUCUUAAAUUUUCUUGCUUUCCACUUUGAAUUUUUAUUCUCACAAAAAAAUAGAAGGUUUACUGUUAUGCAGACUACUGCAUUGGUAUAGAAAUGGUAUAAAUAAUAUCAGCGGCCUCAUGAAAGAAUAUUAGACUCACCAGUUGACGUGUAUUGGACGCAUAGCAUGAUUUGUUUACUUUUGAACUUUGGUAAAAAUCGAACAUUUCUGCUACUUUGAGCUCAAUUUCAAGGUACUUUGUAAAACCAGUCAAAAUCAUCUCAAUUUCUGUAAUAUGUCUUCCAUUCUAUAAAAUGAGACCAGGUAAACUAGAAUACAACAAUAAAUACCAUAUGAAAAUACAGUGCAAAGUCGCUGUUUUAAUCCAAAAACACGGUCAAAGUUUUUUUUUUCUCAUUACACACUGUGUGCUGCAGGAUUUUUUUUAUACUGCGCACACUGACCACAUAGACCCAUUCUUUCAUAUGUAGGCCUACCAGCUUUCACUAGAUUUGAGGGCGCUAGAAUUUAGGCGUACUAGUACGUCAAAAACCCUGGCUCGUAAGCCGUACUAGUACGGUCGAAACCCUGAAAGGGUUAAGAAGAGAGCCAAAAGGUACCUAAUGAAUGUAGUGACAGAAAGGGAGGAGAAUGAUAUUUUAUUUUUUUAGCAAACAUGCAUGUAAAUGUAAAUAACUCAUUUUACCUAAUUCCUAGUAAAUAUCCUUAAUAGUAUAAUAAUAAGAUAUCUCCUACAUUUUAUAAUAAUAAGGAAUUAAAAGGAGCCCAAUGGAAAUAAGUCAGUCUGUCUGAAUUUUUUGGGUUAUCCUAGAUUCUCUACACAUAUGCUGCUAUGUAUGAUAAUCUAUGUAACUGUAUUUGUGUAUACCUGAAUAAACUUACUUAAUAA